AGCGGCCCCCCCAAAUGCGGUCCCGGCUCCAACUCCACCCUCACCAAACAGAUAUUCCCCUGGAUGAAAGAGUCGAGGCAAACGUCCAAGCUGAAAAGCAGCUCCCCCGGCACAGGUACCAGCUCUCUGCCUUCCUCAGCGUGCGCUUUUGUCCGGGCCAGGAAUGUCGCUGUGAUUCUAGCACCCGGCCCCGAGGCGCCCAGGCGGCGGCGGCCUGGGGACAGGAUCAGGUGGAGGUGGCAGCGGCGCAGCUCCCCGACCUCCCGCCACCUGAUGACCCCUGACCCCACUCACACCCUCUCCCUCCGGCCACCCUGCCCCCGAGCUCCAGAAGGCCGGGCGCGGGGCCAGGAGACGCAGAGUCGUCAACGAUUGAUUAUUAUUAAGUAUGAUGACUGUGGGUAUUCAUCACCAUCUCUCGGGCGGCCCGGGGCCCCGGCCUCCAGGCACGGCAGCCGCUUCGCGCCACACUCCCGUGUCCUGCCCACGGAUGUCCUGGUGCCUCCAGGGUCGUCCUCGGCCACCCCCAUGCUGGCCACAGACACAGGGGCAGGAGACGGGGGGAGUGACUCCCCAGACCUGGAGUUGAGGACGGGGGAGAGAGCGUGCGAGAGAAAAGCCAGCCCUAAAUAAAUGGCCAUGUGGCUCUGUCUGCGUGACAUGAUCAAAUUUUCAUAAGCUGGGGCAGGAGAGAACAGGUCUCUUAAUAAAUGCCACUAU